AUGCAAUUCAGCAAAUUAUUUAAUUACCGUCCACUUCUACAAAAUGCACGCAAAAGUUUUGCAACUUCAUCUUCCCGUCAACAGGAAAUUCGUCGUGUUACUUUAAUUCCAGGGGAUGGAAUCGGGCCGGAAAUUUCUGCUGCUGUUCAACAAAUUUUUGCCGCAGCUAAAACUCCAAUUGAAUGGGAUCCAGUUGAUGUAACUCCUGUACGUGGCAAAGACGGGGUUUAUUCAAUUCCAUCCAAAUGCAUUGAAUUAAUGCAUGUAAACAAAGUUGGAUUGAAAGGUCCUUUAGAAACUCCAAUUGGAAAAGGGCAUCGAUCUUUGAAUUUGGCUUGAAUUCAAUUUAUUUGCAAAUGUUCGUCCAUGUCGUUCUUUACAAGGUCAUAAAACUUUGUAUGAUAAUGUUGAUGUUGUUACAAUUCGUGAAAAUACUGAAGGAGAAUAUUCU